UGAAUUCGAACAGCUAUCAUCGUCAAUCAACUCGCUACCUCUGCUCGAGUUACAAUGAACACAUUUCUUGUUUUUCUCGUUUGUGCUAUUGCAGCAGGAACGGCUCAAUCAGGAGGGCACAGGGAAGAAGGUCUAGGACACCAUGAACAUUAUGACUACUAUGCGCCACCGCAUUACGACUACGAGUACAAAGUACACGACGAGCAUACUGGAGACUACAAAUCUCAACACGAGACAAGGGAAGGUGACAAGGUUAAGGGAUUCUACAUGCUGAAAGAGCCCGACGGCACAGUCAGGGAAGUCCAUUACACCGCCGAUCACAAAAAUGGUUUCAACGCUGAAGUCAAGAGGGUAGGACAUGCUGUCCAUCAAGAAGAACCAGUCCCAGUGCACCACGAAAAAGUAGAAGAAGAAAAAGGCCACGAGGAACAUCAUGACUACUACGCACCACCUCAUUACAGCUUCGAAUAUAAAGUGCACGAUGAGCAUACUGGAGACUACAAAUCUCAGCACGAGACAAGGGAAGGUGACAAGGUUAAAGGAUUCUACAUGCUGAAAGAGCCCGAUGGCACAGUCAGGGAAGUCCAUUACACCGCUGAUCACAAAAACGGUUUCAACGCUGAAGUCAAAAGGGUUGGACAGGCCGUCCACCACGUACCAAUGUACCAUCAUUACUGAUACAACUAUGUAAAAAUCGCCAAUUUAUUUGUAUAUAUGUAAAAAAUAAAGGAGGCUAAUCGAAAA